CCCUGCUUCAGUGGUGUGAUGUUUGAAUUCCCCCUUGUAAUUUCACCAUCACUAGACAUGUGCAGGGGUGGACUGAUCAUUUGGAAACUCGGACACAGGGGCGGACUGAGAACUCAUAGGGCCCCCGGGCAAUAGGGGAUCAUGGGGCCCCUGUGUCCUUGCCCAAACUCAAAACAGCCUAUGAAAAAGGUACCAGGGGCAUCUCAUGGGGCCCCCUACAGACCCCGAGUCCCUCAGGCAGUGCCCGAGUUUCCAAAUGGUCAGUUCGCCCCUGAAUAGACAUAUUCA